GCGGACGAGAGGUAAACCAGAAAAAGAGGAGGAGAACGGGAGAGGGUGCUGACAUCUGAGGUGGGAACCUCAUCUGUGACACAUACGUCUGUCUACCUGCAGAUACGUAGAGCAUAUUUCUUGAGUGCUUCCAUGGUGAUAAACCGCUGCUGAUUCGCUGAAACCUUGAUGAUGCGCUGACUCUACAUCAUGGCCCAAGAGGAUCUGUGGAAAUACCCACAAUCCUCAGCUCCCUGAUAUACACUGACAGUGUCUCCGGCUCAAAGAGAAAACCUGUACAAGCCAUGAUGUCAGUCUGCGUGCCCUCACCACACAGCUCCUCCCCUUCCGUGGACGCAGCCAAUCGCAACGGGCCCUCUGCAACUCCGCCCACUUCCCUCAGUCUGCGUUCCUCACACAAUCAAUUGCUCAGUGGAGAUGUCAUCAAACAGGGCCAGGCCACGCCCCCAAAGUGCCGGAAGAAGUACGCUCUAACAAGCAUUCAGAGUGCGAUGGGUCUCGGCGAAGGUGUGAUGCCACCAUCAUCAUCAUCCUCAGCAACUACUGCCAACCCUAAACUGGCCAAAAACGGUGCAAAUCAGUUACGCAAAGCUGCCGAGAGACAGGACCACAACAAAAACACCACCGAAGAAGAAGAAGAAGAAGGAGAAGAAGAUGAGGAUGGAAACACAGCGGCCCAAUCAGAGCUCAGCAUCGAUGAUGAGUUGAGGAAUAUUGAGGAAUUAAGUCUGGACAGCGAGUCUAAUGUUGACGAUGCUCACAGUGACUUUGACACCAACAACGAGCUUGUCGAUGAGGAAGUUAACGAGUUAAUUGAGGAUGACACUAAUGAGGAAGAUCACGUUGAGAAUUGUGACGAUCUGCUCAUUCUGUCCGAGAAAAGCGAAAUCGUUUUAGACAAGAAGUCCCCUGAGCACCUUAAGACCAAGAGUUACCUGGAGUCAUGCCUGGAUGGUCUGUCAUACCAACUGCCCAAUUCGCAGGAGGACGACAUCACUAAGCCUUUGCUGGAGAACAAGAAGGAUCCCUGUCCCGCGUCUCCAAGAAAACCACAGAGCCCCGAGGACACACCCCUGCUGUCUGUCGGCUCUUCAUCUUCCUCUUCCUCGCCAGAGACUAAAAAAGACAGACCACGCACAGGAGCCAAGACAGACCGGGCACUAAACCGCAUCCAGAACCUUCCACACAGCGACGAGGAGUCCAGCUGGACCACGCUGUCACAGGACAGUGCUUCUCUGGGCUCACCUGAAGAGAGCGAUAUCUGGGGCGAGCAGUCAUUUCAGACAGACCCUGAUUUGCCUCCAGGAUGGAAGAUGAUGACAGACAUGGCUGGUAUUUAUUACUGGCACAUUCCAACGGGCACCACACAGUGGGAGCGGCCCGCCCCAUGCCAUCCGGUGCCAACUGGACCCAGCCAUGCCAGCCGCAAACACUCACUGGGUUCCCUGUCGCCUUCGCCCACCCCAGAUCAUGAGUCGAUGUCUCACGCCGAUGUGUUUUUCGGAGCGUCGAGUCGUUCGGGCAGCACCACUUCUGACAGUUCGUCUGAGCCCGCGCCCAUCCCAUCUUCUUCAUGUGUGGACCCGACCCCCAUCCUGUCCUCAAACUCGUCCUCAUCCUCUGACGCCAAUGUUCCUUCCUGUGGAUUCGUCAACAGCUGCUACUUUCCUCGCUCCUCAUCCCUACAGAUAAUGCCAGGGAAGGACAGACACUCAGAGGCUCGCCAUCGGGAAGAGGACAAGAAACAGCCAUGGAGUGAUUUUGCAGUGGGAAAGAUUGAUAGUGAGAUCUGGAAGGAUCUACAGGCGGCCACAGUAAACCCUGACCCCAGUCUGAAAGAGUUUGAAGGCGCAACUCUCCGCUACGCCUCCCUCAAGCUACGAAACCCUGCUCCUGUGGAAGAGGAAGAUUCCAGCAGCAUUAACAGUGACCCUGAGGCCAAGUGUUUUGCUGUUCGCUCUCUCGGCUGGGUAGAGAUGGCUGAAGAGGAUUUGGCUCCAGGUAAAAGCAGUGUGGCUGUGAACAACUGCAUCCGUCAAUUGUCCUACUGCAAGAAUGACAUACGAGACACUGUGGGCAUCUGGGGAGAGGGGAAGGACAUGUACCUCAUUCUGGAAAAUAACAUGCUGAAUCUGGUUGACCCAAUGGAUCGGAGCGUCCUACACUCUCAGCCAAUCGCAAGCAUUCGUGUGUGGGGCGUUGGCCGUGAUAAUGGAAGGGAUUUUGCGUACGUGGCGCGAGAUAAGGACACCCGGAUAUUAAAAUGUCAUGUUUUCCGCUGUGACACCCCUGCCAAAGCCAUCGCCACCAGUCUGCACGAAAUCUGCUCCAGGAUCAUGGCAGAGCGCAAGAAUGCCAAAGCUAUGGCUGGAGGAUCCCUACAGGACAGAACACAUGCUGGCCUCGACGUCCCAUUACAAGCAGAGUUUCCCACACCAAAGACUGAACUGGUGCAGAAGUUCCAGGUGUUAUAUGUUGGCAUGAUGCCAGUUGCCAGACCUAUAGGCAUGGACAUUCUCAAUGGCGCAAUAGACACUUUGGUAACAUCAUCAGUCCGAGAUGACUGGAUCCCUGUGCUGUUGAAUGUAGCUGAUGCAACAGUCACAGUCAUCAAAGAAAAGGAGGAAGAUGAGGUCCUAGUGGAGUGUCGUGUGCGUUUCCUGUCAUUCAUGGGAGUAGGAAAGGAUGUGCAUUCAUUUGCGUUCAUCAUGGACUCCGGGAACCAGCACUUUGAGUGCCAUGUGUUUUGGUGUGAUCCCAAUGCUGGCAAUGUGUCAGAGGCUGUCCAGGCAGCGUGCAUGUUGAGGUAUCAGAAGUGUCUGGUGGCUCGUCCUCCAUCUCAGAAAGCCUGCUCACAGGCGCCCCCUGCUGAUUCAGUCACCCGCCGCGUCUCCACGAGCGUCAAACGUGGAGUUCUGUCUCUCAUCGACACGCUCAAACAGAAGAGACCCGUCACUGAGCUGCCCCAGUGAUCUGACACACAUACUCACCGUCACGCUCUGCAUGCUUAUAACUAUCCGAAUGUCCUGUACAUACCUGUCCGGUCACAUGGUGGAGAUGAAGAGGAUCACAAAGACGAAUAAUCAGAAAGUAAAGCUGAUGCCAAGAAAAUACACCCUUUACUCACACACUCACAAGUACAUCAGAUCUACUAUACAAGCCUCUCUCUCUCUUCCGAUGUCAAUCAUGCAUAAAUUUGCAUGGGAAGCCACGCCUCUCCAGCAUGACAGCAAUCAACAGGCUCCGCCCACUUAUAAGAACCGCCUCAUCUAGAAUAAGCCUGAUCAAAGAGAGAACUUGAAGAAUGUUGGUGCAAAUGAGAACAAAUAUGGCUGCUUGUUCAUUUCAUCAAGAGUUCAUCACCAAUGCAUGAUCAUAUGUGAGUGUGGGUGUAUAGAAGAGCUGAAGGAUUUUACUGUCCCAAAGUGUCCUAAAAUCAAGGUUUUAUUUUUGUUUCCUUCUUUAUUAUCCUGCCGAACACAAAAGAAGAUUCAAUGGAGAGGAGAAGGGGAUGUCAUAAAACUCAAAAGCUGCGUGUUGCGUUCCCUUCAAAGUAGGAUAUUCCUGUUUGAUACCUUUUGAAUGUUCAAUGCUCAGUGGAUUAUAUUUAAGGUGCGGUCACAUUAGUAAUAUUUUGGCAGGAUUUGGUUGGCAUAAGUGUAGUCCACUGUCACUAGUGUAGUGAUGCAAGAAGCAUUUAUAACAGUACUGGCCAUUACUAGGUGUUGAGAGAGCAUCUGGAUUUUUCAAAGAAUGCACUGGCGGGUGUUUGUUUUAGGUGAGUUUACGCUAAAGCUGCCUUUCCACUGCACACGACAUUUGGACAUGACUAUCAGAAUACGCCCCCUUGUGGCAGUCGCACAGAAUUUUCAGUUUUGUCGUGCACCAUGAGAGAGAAGCUGUUCUCUCAGUGUGCGAAAUAAAGGUGUGCAAAAGCAAGAGCCUUUUUUGUUCGUGUGGUCACUAUGGUUGAAUUAAUGAAUGUUAGAAACACAUAAACCGCUAAAAAUUUGGGAGAGAAUAUGGAGACAACAAAAAGUAUAUCUAUUUUAUUACUAAUAGAAAUGUUUUUUUUUUAAUAUAGAUUUUUUUCUGAUUCAAAAAAUAACGAAAAAAAAACCACACAGACCUGCUUGGACAACACUGAAAUGCAUUACAUCCGGUCGGCCGGUUACAUGCGGUCUAGUCGCAUGAGUUCAAAUAUUUUAAAUCCGAACUUUCUGCGUAUGGAGAUGAUCGGAACUCCACGCAGCUCCCAGACUACUCUCCAUUGGAAAUGAAUGACUUCCGGUCUGUCGCUUGUCGUUUUGUUCGUGUUCAGUGGAAAGGCGGCGUAAGAUUCAGAACAAGACGAGUUGAAACAUUGUUCUGCCUGUAGCAGAAUGCAGGUAUCAACAUUCUUAAGGCCCGUUCACACUGGGACGCUUUUUGUUCGCGUUUUCCAUUGAUGUUUAAUGCCCAAUGACUAAAUAAAGGGCACCAAAGUCAUCGUUCACACCAACGUGCAAAACGCAGGCGUCAUUUUUUAAGAAACACCUCAUGCUCGUUUUUUUGUUUUGAUGAGCCGAAACAUUCUCCACCAAUCAGAUUGGCACUUUUGUUCACGUGAAUGGAGCCGCUGAAGUUAUAGUAAACAGCACUUGGAGGUGCUCAAGCUCAAAUCUGUAAAUGCAAGCGCACAUUGAAGAAGAUGCCUAGUGGUGAUAUGAACGUGGAGCUGCUUAUUGCACUGGUGAACAAUAAUCAUUUCUUCAUCACUAGAGCUGGAGCUCCUACUUGAAUCAUCCAUGCUUGUUCGAAUCGCCAGUAAUUUUAACAACAAGCGUGUCAACUUUCUGUCUUCUUCUUCUGUGUUUAAAGCGGGUGUCAAGCUUAAAGUUGUGUAGUGCCAUCUAACGUCAAGGAGUGAUUUUGCAUACUCUUCUGCUCGACGCCAGUGAAAAUCGCUUGGGUUUAAAUAUCGGAAAAACAUCUCAAAAAACGCUGACGAUAAAAACAAAUGAAAAGCGUCCCGGUAUGUACGAGCCCAUAGGCCCAAAGUUUGCUUGUUUCUUUACAUGUAUAUUAUUGCACAUAUAUAAUUGAAAACAUAGCCCUCCCAAGUGUGCUACAUUUGUUUGUCACAGGUGCUUGACAUGUGCACUCUAGAAAGCUUGACUUUUUUUUCAAUGUGUGCGGUUUCUGUCCAAAAGUGACAAAAAUAUUUUUGUGCUCAUUUAAAUUAGAAUUGCGGGCAUGUUUUAAUUCCCUCACACAUGCAACACUGGGGUUUAUUGUUUGUACUAAUUAGUUGUUUGUUAAACAAUGGACAAUGUUGACACCUUGUGGGCAAAUUAAGUAGAGCAAAAAUCAUCGAAAGUGAAUAUGUGGUCUGCGUGCGUUUCAAAAAUAGUGCAUAGCCUUAAAGGGCCAGUCACACAGAACACGUCUUCAAAGCUCUGGUGAGAUAAAGUGAAGGCCUCAAGGUGCAUUUUUUUUCAAGCUUGAGCUUAUUUUAAUGAGUGCCACAUUUUUAUAACGUUGGAAGAACGUUAUGAAAUUUCGCAUGAAUGUUUCGAAACCACUGUCACGUUGCCUUAUAACAAGAGUGUGUCAUAUGUCCAAAAAAUUAAUUAAAACAUCCGUUUAUUACAGCCUACAUGCAUCUAUUGUAGACAGAAUAGCUGAUAAAACUUGCACCACUCAUGUUUCUCUUCAGAUUUCACUAAUGUUAUUAGAUCUUUUUCAUAAAUAUAUAGCUGGGUUUACACCUUAAUGUAAAGAGAAUCUUUUCAAACUUCACAAAAAAUAAAAAUAAACCAAAUCCCAAAUCUGAAUUAGGUGCGUUUUCGCCAAGUUGUUAGAGCAGCCGACUGUAGUAUUGGUAACCUAGCAACCAACAAUAAACAAGGCAAGCAUAAUGCAGUCAUGUUGGUUUAAUAUUCGCUACGUCAGAAUUUAUUUGGCAAAUGUGUUUCCAUCUCCAAGACGGAAGUCCAAGACCACCUCAAGUGAGUGUGAAAAUGUUUUUAGAAAAAAAUACGAAGGGAUUUUUAUUUGAAAUUUGGCUUCGCGUCACUCCUUUCUCAUGUGACACUUCAAAAUGUGCAUUAACACAUAGUGAUGGAAAUGCAGUGGCUUCAGUGUUUCUGUCAAGUCUCUGUAGCAUAGCUGCUAAAUGUCUCAUAAACUGAUUGUGUAGCAUUUAGAAUUAAUGCUAAUUAUUUUUCACCUUCAAGGAAAGUUUUAAAUUGCCUGGAUUUGGCAAUCAAGUCUUAGCAGUAAAAAUGAGCUGAACAACAGUAUAUGUGACCGCACCUUCAGGCAACGACAACAAAAAACACCAUAACGCAACCAAGUUUCUAGCAAACAAUCUGCAGAGAAUAAAUGCCACUAUAUAUAAACAAGUUGGAAGUUCAAGUGAUGUUCCUUUACACUUUUCCAAGAAGGAAAAGUCAUCGAAGCUUUCACCAAACCAUAUAUUUUCUUCAUGAAUAUCUUCACCAUCAGUUAAUGAGGAGGCUUGGUUAAAAUGUCAACAACAAUAACGCACAUGGAAGGACGUGACCUGUAGAUGUAAAGUAUGAAUGUGCUUUUUAUAUUUCCAAAGUGAAAUUGCCUUUCGUUUCUUUGAAAGAGAGAAUGUCUCGGAGGAGAACAGACGUCGAAAACACAAGAGGCGGAAAAAACUUUGCUUAGAGCCAAACAGUUCAAUGGUGUCAAUCCCGCUUCGAACUCCAGCAUAGCGCUUAGUUCCUCCAGAGCAUUCUCCGGUGACUGAAAGUGCAAAAAUAGCUGACUAAUAGGAACUAAUCUGCUAAUGAAAGAAACUCGGAUGUCUGUGAAGAGCUAUUUUUGAGUUUCAGCAUCUACUCCUCACGUUUGGAUGUCAUUAGUGGCUGUACAUCUCCUGGUUGCGCUUCACAAACGUUCCACGCGCCACCAUGGUCUUACUGUACUCUGGCGUGCCACCUGUAGUCCUAGACCUGCCCUUUUUUUUCCACAAGGGUUUCGACGAGUCACUUAUGUGUGUACAUAAAGUAUCUAUAUAUAGCAAUUGUCAUAUCAUAAGGCUUUAUUUUUCAAAUUUCAGAUUCUCUUAUUUUGUCACGAUUUAUUUUUCUGUCAUGUUAUUUUGGUCAUGGCAUGUCUUGUGAUCACAUUUAUUCUGCCCACUUUGUAAAAACAAAAGAAAACAAAAUCAUAUACGUGUUGUAGAUAAAUCAAUUGACAAAACAACAACAAAAAAAAACUGAAGAAGGCUGAAUGAUGGUAGAGAUUGUGAAUAUGAAUUUAUUUUAUGGUCUUUUUUAGGAGAGCUAGCUCUAGGGGAGGAUAUGUGAACUGUACGUGUCUAUCUAUGCAUUCUUUUAGCUCCAAGGAAGAUUCGAAAGAGA